CAGUUUGACAGUCGUAAUCGUAAGGGCAAGAGCACGAAAUAAAAAUAUUUCAGAAUGAAUCAAGAAGGCGUACUCGCUUGUUGCGCCGUUUGUAAUCAGCAAACGCAUCGAAGAUGUGGUCGGUGUCUUAAUACUUAUUAUUGUAACACGGAACAUCAAAGACAGGACUGGCGAAGGCAUAAAACUGUAUGUGCACCAAAGUUACAAUCUUCUCAAAAAAAUGAAGGUAUUCAAACAUUUUCUCAUAAGGAUAGCGAAUCAAACUUAGAAGACAGAAAAGAAUUAAAAAUUAGAACUUCAGGCGAUAGCAAUUAUAAAAAAGAAAUCUUAAAAGAGGGUAGUGAAGUAAGACGGUUAAAAAAAUCUAAAAAGAAAACCGUUAAAAAAGAGAGUAGUGACAUUUUAAAUAAAAAUAAAUCCUUAACUGUAGAAAAAAGUACUGUUGAUAAAACUAACGUAAAGGAUAAAAGUGUGAUUUCAAGUGUUGUGUAUAGUAAUAAAGAUAUUGUUAAAAUUAGUGCCAUAACCCAUGAGGGAUCAUCAGAACAGGAGAUACUGAGUGAAAAUGCUCAACAGCUGAGUGGAGUUGACUUUUCUGGUGCAAGUACAUCAAGUAUUUUGAAGGAAAAAAGUGAAACUGAUGUCAAAAUGCCAGUACUACCAAGUGUGCAGCCUGCUAGGAUGAAAGAAUACCCUGAGGCUACACUCAGAAGUAACGGAUCACCCUUUAGCAGUUACUACAUGGACCCGAGUGAUCCAAACUAUGUAGUUUGUCAGAGAGUUAUAAGAGACAUGACGCAGUAUGGUGUGUGUGUGUUGAACAAUUUCCUCGGAAAGGAACGUGGACUGUUAGUUUUAAAUGAAGUUUUAGAAAUGUAUAGAUCGGGUAUAUUCACAGCAGGUCAGCUAGUAUCGAAUUCAGCCAGCACGGAAGCUCAGACGAUACGAAGCGAUCGCAUCACGUGGAUCGAUGGCAAGGAACCCCAUUGCUUUCACAUAGGACAACUCAUCAGUCAAGUUGACAACAUCGUCCUGACAGCGAACAAGAUGGUGAAUAAUGGAAAAAUGGGCAACUACAUCAUUAACGGCAGGACGAAGGCAAUGGUGGCAUGUUAUCCAGGAUCGGGCAGCCAUUACGUGAAGCACGUCGAUAACCCGAACAAAGAUGGCCGCUGCAUAACCGCUAUAUAUUACCUUAAUCUCGACUGGGAUGUCAAACGAUAUGGCGGUUUACUUAGAGUGUUCCCAGAAGGUACGAAUCAAGUGGCAGACAUCGAGCCGAUCUUCGACAGAAUGUUAUUCUUCUGGUCGGACAGAAGAAACCCACAUGAAGUACAGCCAGCAUAUGCAACUAGGUAUGCAAUAACUCUGUGGUAUUUCGAUGCUCAAGAACGAGAAGAAGCAGUUAAAAAGUACAAACGCGGGCAGCCAUCAUCCAGCAAGUGAUGUUUGGUGAGCGCCAGCGUGUGUGUCGCGUGCUGUUAGCGAACUGCAAG